CCGGACAAAGACAGUGUGACUGAGUGUGGGAGAGGAAUGGCGCCGGCGGCUGAAGGAACAAGAACAGAAACCGCUGGAAAAGCUGAGCAGGUCCGGCAGCUCGUGUUGAGAGAAAUGUGAGGACGUGUUUCGGGUCCGGGGAUCCUUCUUCAGAACAGGACCAGGUUUCAGAAACAUCCCGGGGAGGUCGCCAGGUCCGAGCGCCAAGACCUGGCUCCUGCCCCCGGGGAGAGGAGACAGUGAGACAGGAGUAUUAGAAGAUCUGAAGAUGGAAAUUUCAAAAUCGACAGAUGAAGGCCUUAUGCCCGAAGCAUUGACGCUUCUGCUCCUUGGAUGCUGCCUGACCUACAGUGCUUUUCCAGCGUCACACUUUUGAACUCUUAACUCUCCAGUAACUGCAAUCCUCACUUUCACAUAAAUGUCUGACAGUAACACUGGGAUAUCGGGACUGCAACGAUUUUUGACUGUGAUUCUGUGAGAGGAGCAAAGCAUUUGCUUCCUGCUCAAGUACAUUUUCGGAAUCUGUGGUACUGGAUGAGAGACCCUACGUUGCAGCGCAGUGAGAGUGGAGCCUGAAACAGUUAUACGGCCUGGAAAGACAAAUUCACGGCAGGGUGGGGCUGUACCCACGUUUGUGUGCGGCUGAAGUUUCGGCCAUGGAGAAACCUGAGGAAUCCCGCUCUGUGAAGAAACCGUGGAAGUGUGGCGACUGUGGGAAAGGCUUCUGUGCCCCGUCUGCUCUGGAGACUCAUCGGCGCAGUCACACCGGUGAGAGGCCCUUCAGCUGCCCCGAGUGCAGGAAGGGCUUCACCCAGGCAUCUGCCCUGCUGACCCACCGGCGGAUCCACACGGGGGAGAGGCCUUUCAGCUGCCCUGAGUGUGGGAAGGUCUUCAGCAAUUCCUUUGCCCUGCUGAGGCACCAGCGAAUCCACAAGGGGGAGAGACCACUCUCCUGCCCCGACUGCGGGAAGGCCUUCAGUGAUUCCUCCCACCUUCUGACACACCGGCGGGUCCACACAGGGGAAAGGCCCUUCAGUUGCUCCGAGUGCAGGAAGGCCUUUACCCAGGCCUCUGCCCUGCUGAUCCACCAGCGGCUCCACACAGGGGAGCGGCCCUUCAGCUGCCCAGAGUGCGGUAAAGGCUUCAGCGAUUCCUCCACCCUGCAGACCCCCCAGCGGGUCCACACGGGGGAGAGGCCCUUCAGCUGUUGUGAAUGUGGGAAGUGCUUUACCCAGGCCUCUGCCCGGCUGAGACACCAGCGGUCCCACACCGGGGAGAGGCCCUUCAGGUGCCCCGAGUGCGGGAAGGGCUUUGCCCGGGCCUCCAACCUCCAGACACACCAGCGGAUCCACACGGGGGAGAGGCCCUUUAGUUGUCCCGAGUGCGGGAAGUGCUUUACCCAGGCCAUCACACUUCAGAAACACCAGCAGGUCCACAUGGGGGAGAGGCCCUUCAGUUGCCCCAGGUGCAGUAAGGUGUUCACCUGCUCCUCCCAGCUGCAGAGGCACCAGCAAGUUCACGUGCCAUAGCAGGGCAUUGAAGGAGUGAUAGCUGAGUGCCAUUAUCGACUGGAGUAUUAACCCAGUUCCGGGGUCUCCUGGGUUUGAAUCCUGCCCUGGCAGAUGGUGAAAUUGGAAUUCAGUCAGUAAUCUAGAGUUCCAAGUCUAACGAUGAAGCCAUUUUUUGGGGGGGGGGGAAGUUGGGGUGGGGUGGGGGUGAAGGGCGAUAAAACCCCCAUCUGAUUCACUCACGUCAUUUUUCGGGAAGGAAACUACCGUUGUGGGAAAGGAUUCACUCAGUCGUUCCAGCAGCAUCCUUUACCCUUUCUGGCCUAUGGUUGGCUCCACACUGCACCCCCCCCCCCCGUUCUCUCCACCACUGGGCCCCUCCCUCUCCCCAGCAAAUGAACAGGGAGAAACCUACUUGGAUACAGAGUAUACGUUGAAAUUGCUGAAUGAGGCAAUACUUCCUACAGGCUAAGAAAGGGCGUGUGUGCGCUUUGACUUUGAGCUGUUUUUAAAUAAAAAGCUACUUUUUCUACGCCUUUUUUCUGGGGACAUUCUGAAGCUGUAACAAAGUUGGGUCACAAUAAAGGGUUACCUGAA